AUGAGUUUUAAUCCUGUUUUAGCCAUCAAAACCAGCAGGGUGACCUUGGCCCGAUCACCAGGAGAUGCUUUCCCCAGUGAUCCGGUUAUUGAGCUCAAAAGCCCUCUCAUUCUUGGGCAACCUGCUUCUGUCACCUGUCGUGUCCCCGAGGUCUAUCCUUCUGAGCAGUUGAUGAUCACUUUGAUCAAAGGAAAAGUAACUGCUGAAAAAGAGUUUUUUCAAGACCCUCAUACAAAAUCAUUGCAGACCAAGAACCUGAAGGUGGAUUUCAUUCCUACCGAGGAAGAUUUUGGGAAAGAGAUUAUAUGUGUAGCUGAGCUGUCUUUAGAGGACAUGGUUCUGGCGCCCAGGCAGGCUACGCAUGUGAUGGAAAUAAACUAUGGCCCACGGAAUACUAAAAUUGUGGCAUUUCCAAGCAACACUGUACUAGAAGGAGAAGCACUGAUACUUACCUGCUUGACUGAAAGUCAUCCUCAGGCUAGUUUUGUCUGGAAGAAGCAGCUUCCUGAUGGACUGGCCCAGAAUUUUGCAGAAAAGUACAACCUCUCUAUCCCAAAUCCUCAGCCCUCUGACUCUGGAACCUAUACCUGUGAAGUCACCAAUGAAGUUACAAGUGUAGUGGAGAGAACAUCGCUAUAUAUUUCUGUACAAGCUUCAGUCUUUUCAACAGCCGCUUCAACAUUAACCACCCCAUCUGAAACAACAGUAUUAAGUACUCCAUCUGAAACAACAGUAUUAACUGAAACAACAGCAUUAACCACCCCAUCUGAAACAACAGCAUUAACCACCCCAUCUGAAACUAAAGUAUUAACCACCCCAUCCGAAACAACAGUGUCUGUUACAUCAGAUGCAGCAUCAGAAACUACAAUAUCGGUUAUAUCUCGUGCAACACUGAAAACCUUUUUCUCUACAGCAUCAGAUAUAGCAACACCGGAGUUGAUUACAAUGUCUGCAUCAGAUACAGCACCCAAAAUAAUUACCUCUAUGACAUCACAUGCAGCACUGAAAAACAAUACAGCUGUGCACCUGGUGGAUGCUUCUACUGAUGACAGAAAUAAUACAGAAGAGAUCAUAAUAAUUGCCAGAGUUGAAGAGCUGGAUUCCGUGACUCCUGUAAUCAUCGUAGUUUCUUGUUUAUCCAUAGUAGCAGGUCCUGCAGCUGCCAUAUUUAUUUACAUUUUUAGAAAGAUGAAAAUAAAUGGAUCCUAUAGUCUUGCCGACUCGCUUAAACCAAACGUAUAAGUCCAUUAACCGGAAGUAAUUAGACAGUUUUGCAAGUUUACCAACUAGAUGAGACUGGACCUUGCUCAGAAUCUUGGUUGAUCUUUCUCAUCACAACUCGGUGUAAGAGGAAUUGAGCUGAUGUGCUUUGGAAAGGAGGCCAACCAAAAUUAGGCCUUUUGAUGGAAACUGGUCUCUUGGGUCAAGACUCCACUCAGUGUCUCCAUUCAGCCAUAAAGUGAUACCUUGGACUAAUCUAUAGAUAUGUCUCUAAACCAGUCCCCAACUUUUGGGGCACCACAAGGUCCCCAACUUUUGGGGCACCAGAGAUCGGUUCCAUGGAGAAAGGUUUUUCCAUGGACCGGAGUGGGCAUGAUUUUGUUUAUUGCCUGCAUCCCACAGGUGGGGCUUCCCUUGUUUGCAUGGCCCGGUUUCUGGUGCUGCUCCAUGGACUGGGAGUUGGGGACCCCUCUUCUAAACUAUGCUUUCAUUUUACAAUAUCAACUUUCAUGUGCAAUACGAGCCAAAUGAAACCUGCCUUUCUUUUUGGUAGUGCCAGACUAACUUUCAGGCUUAUCUACCUACUCAACAAAGUAGUUACUUAUGAGAAUAAAGUGAAAUGCAAUAGGGGGGGCUAUCCAGAGAUCCUUAUAAAUGGAUGCAAGUCAUGCAAUAUGAACAGUUUAUCGAUAGAAGAGGAGUAGCAUUGCAGUGUAGCACUGAUUAUGUUACCUAGUUGGGUAAUGAAAUGUCUGCAACAAAACAAGCUCACAGAGCACCAAGGAUCCCACAUGAACAGCUUUGUGAAUACAAAAAGGUCUGUUUGCUAGCUUUAGGAAAAUAUAUUUCUUUGUUUGGCAAAAUGUCCAUAAAGCUCCACUUUGCGAAGUUUUUGUGCCAUUUCUGGAUCAGUUUACUGCACCUGUGAGCUCCUGCCAUCCUUUUAUUUCAACAGUUAAACCUCUUUGCUUCCGUGCAAAGUGACAUGCUGCGUGGAUAUUUAAUUUUGUUUUCUUUAUUGCUCCUGUAUUUUGGUGUGGGGACUUUGUUACUCCAGGCAGUUCUCAACCAAGCAGUGAUUUUGCCCUUUGUUCCAGAAGAUGGGUCAUUUCCAAACUGUUUUUGAAGGAUUGGACAGUAGAAAUGUAUGUAAAUAUGCUGUAAGAUAUAUUAUAUAUUUCUUGUAAAUAAUGUAUCAUAUUCUGAACAUAUGUAUUAUGCAGAGGUGGGGUACAAUUGGAUAAAUCUACAAUAAUAUAUGUAUUUUGUAUAUAGUACUUUUAACCUGCAAGUAGCAAAUACAAAAUUGUUCACUGCUACUUGUGAAUAAUUACAUGAUAUUCUGAAGGUUUUCUUUUCAGAAUGGACUUAAUCCUGGUGGAACUAAAGCAUUUCAAAGACCUGCUGAUCUCAACAAGAGGGGAUUUAAAAAAUGCAUUGUAUUCUGUUGAAAUUGGUUAAAUGUAAAAAGUGCUUAGCUUUGAUGGGUUGUUUCUGUAUAAAUAGAUGCUCACACCCUCAUGUUUGCAAUGCCACAAAUAGUGGGGAGGAUAGAGUGCAUACAGUAUACAGUUUUAAGGUUCUACAUAAUAGUGAAAGUUAAUUUUUUGAGAAAUAUUAGGAAACUUGAAAGAAGACCAUGGUUUCCUGGAAUCUCUAGGAAAAGGAAGUAACAACAAUUAAACUGGUAAUAACACUGACAUAUAUUCAUAGUAUAGAAAUGUCCCAUUACUUAGUUCUAGAUAUCUGAAUAAAAUGGAAGGUACAGUCUUAUAUACAAUUAAAGUAGGACAUGAGCAUCAUUGUAGAGCUAAAACUCUACUUUGAUAUUGUUAGCUAUAUUAUGAAAAGAAUGAUUUGUACACUCCAGAAACAAUUGCAUUUUAAGUUCUAUUCCAAGGUUAUAGCCUAAUUU